CUCUCUCUCCUUUCCACCAAACAUGCGUCGGUGUAGACCUUGCGCCCUUGCAGCAGCGGCAACGACAUGCUGCUGCUUGAGGUUCAGCCAAGGGUGGAACCCCGUUGCCACUCUGAACCCCGGUUUGACCUCUGCGGCAGCGAGAGCUACACCAUGGUCUCGUGCGGCUCGGGUGGCUUCAGCUCGGCCAUCCCAACAUACCCGAGCGAGAGCAGCAAUAGCAGCAGCGGUAGCGCCACGUGAUCCCUGGGAAGCAGCUGGCCAGGAAGCGAAGGAGGGCGACGAGAAAGGGAAAAAGAAGGCUAUGCCACGCUUGAAGAUGGACGACUCUCCCAUCCCGGAAUACCUGAUCGACAUGCUCAAAGAGUCGGGAGACGUCGACGAAGACGGCAAACCCGUGAACGAUUUCUUCGAUCCGGAUGAGGACGACACGUUCGGCACUCAGAGAGAACGGGAUCGCCUCAAGGAAGAGGAACUCUACUACAACGACGUGCCGUUUGGGGACAUGCUCUUCGAGGGCAAGGCUGGCGGCGAGAAUGCGCAGGACACGGGCAGUCUCAUGGAUACCUCCAUCAACAACGCGGUCUUCGAAUAUGGUUUUCCGGUGGAAUUCUUCCUCGACAUGCUCUGCAGGUGGGGAGUUACCCUGCCGAUCAAUCAAGACCGUCGGCUGGGGGAUAUGAUCGACGCGGAGCAGGCGGCGGCACUUUGCGAAGCUCUCACGGGCUUGGAUGCUGCGGAUGUUCGAGAUAAUUACCUCGACGACUCCCUGGAAGACCUGUCGUUCGACCUGGACAUCCCUCUGCCGGAUCUUUUCCAGGCUUGCGCCGCACAAAAAAUCAACCUCCCGAAGGGCGGGGACACGCACAUCACGAUCGACGAGUACAAGCUUCUCCUCGAUACCGUGGUCGAUGGCGGGGAGACGAGCCGCGCCCGCAAGCUCUUCGACGAGAGCCGCGUGACCAACCGCUGGACCGGGCAGAAGGAGGCCAACAGCAGGGAGCUCAACCAGGAGGACAUCGCGAGGGAGAUACAGAAGAACAACGCCGGGUUCGGCUGGAGAGAAGGUCCCCCCAUCCUGGGAGAUGGGGAGGGAGAGCUCCCCCUCGAGCAGGCCCACAUCGGGGGCAGGAUUUUCGGGGAAGAGAUCUUCGCGUCGGGGUACGCAGAUUCGCAGCACCCCGGGGGGUGGGAGGAAGGGGAGGAUGAGGAUGGAGACGACGGUUUUUUUUUUGACGACUUCGGUGCAUAG